AUGUUCUCUUUCUCCAAAAUUGCCACUGUCUUCCUCCUGGCUCUCUUCUUGUCUUCUGUAUCCGUAUCAGCUGGACUCAUCCGUCAACGCCGUCAAAGUUACUGGAACUCAAAUGGCGUCGUCCACAAUGUGGUCACUGACAACAUGGCCGGUGGACCAACAUCUCUCGGAUGGGCUCAAGUUCCACAUCGCCUUAGCCCAAUGUUCUCGCCAAUCUUCGGAGGACGUUAA